AUGAGGCUGGAGGCGGAGGUGGUGAUGGAGGCGCUGAGGGGGCUAAGAGGGGCGCUGAGGAGAGGGGCCAGGGGCUCAGGUGGCGGGGGCGCUGAGGCGGGCGUCGGGGCAAAAGUGGCAGUGGAGGGGCGGCCGCCGGGGGUCGCGGCGGGCGGGAGCAGAUGCGUGACCGGGGCGCGGGCGGGGGUCGCUCACCGGGCUCCGGCGCGUCCUCUCUCUGCCGCCGCCGCCGCCGCCGACUGGUGUUCGGACUCGGGCCCAAGCAGACACUGGGCGGGGCGAGGGGCCGGCCCGGAGGAGGAGGGAGGGGAGCAGGAGGGGGCCUGGGGCGGCGAGCGAGGGGGCCGGGCCCUGGCGCAGCCGGCGCCCCCGCCCUUAGGCCCGGCAGAGGCGGGGGAGGGGAAUGCGGGGGGCGGCUUAACGGCACCCGAGGCCGUUGCAGGCCUCAGCCGUCCCCAAAAGAGCGGGGACCAGGCGGACAGCUUCGUGCGUGUAAAGCGCGACAUGGCGGCGAGGCCGACGAGCCCGGGUGGCCUCGUGUGUACCGGGAAGGGGCGGGGCUACUGCGGCGCGGCGACUACAUUUCCCAGAGGACCUCGCGCGGGUCGGGGAGGGGGGAAGGAAGCGCCUCGGGUCCAGUGCGCAGGCGUGAGUCGCCUCUGGUUAUAUAAGGGUGGCUUUGGGGCUACUUGUUCUUUUGCGUCUUCGACGCUGUCUCUUCUUCAGCUUAGGUCCUCUGUUUCUCCUCCCGUGUCGUCCCAUCCCGGCAACCAGGGUUUACUACUGUAUGUGGUUUGCGCGAUCACAGCGUACAGAAUGGACCUUGGAGGACGGGGUCCCUGCUGGGCCUUCAAGGAAACCACGUGUAGACAUGAACAACCUUCAAUCUCCUGACCUCUGGAGUUCACUGUUGGCAGAAAGCAGACUUUGAAUGGACCAUGAUGGAUCCAGGAUUGGGAGAGAAUUGGACCGUAGCGGAGCCCUUUGUGCGUCGGGGCGUAAGUAGGUUGAUUGCAGCCUGAUCUCAGCUUGGUUCAGUCUGUCCUGUAACAGGAGUUUCUCAACUGUGGAGUUGGAAUGCAAGGUCUCUUGGAAAAAGAUGACCCUGUUCUUUACCGAGAAAGCAUGAAGGUUCCGGUUGAAUCAGUCUCAUAAGGUUGCUGUGUAACCUGAGUGUCCAGAGCUGAAAAGCCUCUGGCUGUUUUGAAGAAUCAAGUAUUAUAUUAAACUUAGGUAAAAAUUUCUAACUUUGUACCCUUCCUAUCUGGAGAAAGAAAAUAAAAUCCUUUGAAUCAAAA